UCACCUCUAGAUUGGGUUCGGCCAUUUCCACUGCACCGGCAAACCCCAGCGAUCGAGUAACGGGACGGCGACUGAUAACAUCUGAAGAUGAGCGAACAAGCGAUUUCCUUCGCCAAGGAUUUCUUGGCUGGUGGUAUUGCCGCUGCCAUUUCCAAAACAGCUGUAGCACCUAUCGAGAGAGUCAAGCUUCUCCUCCAGGUGCAACAUGCCAGUAAACAGAUUGCAGUGGACCAGCAGUACAAGGGCAUCAUCGACUGCGUGGUCCGCAUCCCUAAAGAGCAGGGCUUCCUCUCCUUCUGGAGGGGGAACCUGGCCAACGUCAUCCGCUACUUCCCCACUCAGGCGCUCAACUUCGCCUUCAAGGACAAGUACAAGAAGAUCUUCCUCGACGGCGUCGACAAGCGCACGCAGUUCUGGAGGUACUUCGCGGGCAACCUGGCGUCGGGCGGCGCCGCCGGGGCCACGUCGCUGUGCUUCGUGUACCCGCUCGACUUCGCCAGGACGCGCCUGGCGGCCGACGUGGGCAAGGCCGGGCACGAGCGCGAGUUCAAAGGCCUCGGCGACUGCCUGGUGAAGAUCAGCAAGUCCGACGGCAUCAGGGGCCUGUACCAGGGCUUCAACGUGUCCGUCCAGGGCAUCAUCAUCUACAGAGCCGCUUACUUCGGCAUCUACGACACGGCGAAGGGCAUGCUUCCAGACCCCAAGAACACGCACAUCGUGGUCAGCUGGAUGAUCGCCCAGUCGGUGACUGCAGUCGCGGGCCUGGCGUCCUACCCCUUCGACACCGUCCGCCGUCGCAUGAUGAUGCAGUCUGGGCGCAAAGGAGCUGACAUCAUGUACAGCGGCACCAUCGACUGCUGGAGGAAGAUCGCGCGCGACGAGGGCAGCAAGGCCUUCUUCAAGGGAGCGUGGUCCAACGUGCUGAGAGGCAUGGGCGGCGCCUUCGUGCUCGUCCUAUACGACGAGCUCAAGAAAGUCAUCUAAGUUGUUUUUCUAUGUUCACUCUUCAUGUUCUGAAGUUUAACUGUAACAUAUCUUGUACAUUUGAAAAGGACUUAAAUGCCUAAUUAUAUUUAUAGGGACCAACUAGUAUUUUCUACUAGUUGUACCGGGGGAAUCUGUUCUGUGUGCACUGUUCUCUUGGCCCAUUGCUUUUUUUUUUUUUGUUGUUAUUUUUUUUGUUUCACCCCCUCACCAGAAUGUCAUUCCCUGAACAAGAACCUUGCCGGAAAAAGCGAAAUAAAGGCAACCUACAGAGUGA